ACCUGAAUAGGAGCGUCGACAGCAGCAACAGCUAUCACCACAGCAUUGCAUUCGACGAGAACAUCACGCAUCGAGACCUUUAUAUCUCGCCGACGAAUCACACAGCAGUGCGAGCCUAAUUCAAGACAUACCACACACCUGCGCAAUCAAAAAUGGCGGACCGAUUCCCAUCGAUCGAGGACUUUGAUGCUGGUGCGCAACCCGACAUCAAGGACAACUCCGCUGAUGCCGCACCCGAAGAUUUCCUUGCACGCGAGAAGGCUCUCCUAGGAGACGAUGCUGUGCAGUUCGCGACCAGCGGCGAUGCUGCCGCAUUCGAACCCAGCGGUGACCUCCUCGGCGGAAGCGGAAACGCGGCGUCCACCUUCGAGUCCCAGUUCCCUGAUCUGACUGGCCCCGACGCUGGCACCGGUAUCGCUCCCGGCGGAAACACUGUUACUGGUCCUUCUGUCAGCUACAACUCAGGAUUCCAGGCUUCCGCAGAGGACGAGGAGGAGCCUGAGGUUAUCAAGGAGUGGCGCGACCGCCGAGACGCCCAGAUCGCCAAGCGAGUUGAGCAGUUCGCCGCCCAGCGAGAGGAGACCAUUAAGGAGGCCCAGCAGAACAUCGAUGACUUCUACGAGAACUACAAUGGCAAGAAGGAGAAAGGCAUUGCGCAAACACGAAAGGAGGCCGAGCAGUUCCUGGCCAGCCGGGAGGAUACCGUUUCAGGCGGCACGAGCUGGGAUCGCAUUGCGAAGCUGGUAGAUGUCAGCGGCAAGGGCACUAAGGGCGGGGCUGCUGGGUCUGGCAAGGAGCGUUUCCGUGAGAUGUUGAUGAACCUGCGGAAGGACGAGAAGGCACCUGGCGCCACGGGUUACUAAAGAUAGACCCAGCUGGUCCGCAUGCGGCCCAGAGAUUCAGCCCGGUGCAGAGCACACGCCGCCAGAUCUCUUUGUCGGUGCAGUAAUUUUCCGACUUUCCGUACUGUAUUCUAGAGUUUAGGAGUCAAGGUUGAUAAUGGCAAUGACGUGUGAAUAUAAAACACGAUUUAAGGGCGCACAUCAUAGCAU